CAAUAUAAAAUGGUUUGUUCUUCACUCACUCUCACUCACUGCCAUCUAUUUGCCAGCUUGGAAUUAUUUUUUUAACAUCCAUUAAUGCUGCCAAGAACACCUCUGGCAGCUUCUGUAUGACUCAUACAUCUUGUGACCAAGAUCUCUCUCACACUCUCCCUAUGUUAUUAUUCACUCUCUCUCAAUUCUGUUUUCUCCAACUCAUUCUUCCUCAUCUUGUUGGCUACUUUUUCUUGCUCUAGUUCAGGCUCUGCCACUAUAUCUAGCUAGUUCGUUCAGCUUGUCUCAAAUUUGCAAAUAACCAUGCAAGACCCUAGUGGGAUUCCUGCUUGUUUUUCAUCAGGUGAGAAGCCGAAUGAUGAUCCAGCAGCGGUAACCAGGUCCGGGCAGAGUGUUUUUAUGUCUGUUUACCGUACAAAGAUUGCUGACCAGUGCCGAUUGAUCACUGUUACCUGGUGCAAGAAUCUGUUACUUCAUGGCCUCUCAGUAUCAGUUGAAGGCCACGAGGGAGAGAGUCAAUAUACCUGUAAAGUUGAGCUGAAACCUUGGUAUUUUUGGAGGAAACAAGGCUCCAAGCGCUUUAUUGUGGAUGGUAAAGCCGUUGAUAUCUUCUGGGACCUGAAGACUGCUAAAUUCAAUGGAGAAACGGAGCCCAGUUCCGAGUACUAUGUUGCUGUUGUUUGUGACGAAGAGGUUGUGCUACUUCUUGGGGAUCUAAAGAAAGAAGCAUACAGGAAAACUGGGUGCAGGCCUGCUCUUAUUGACCCCAUUUUGGUUUCAAGAAAGGAGCACAGAUUUGGCAAAAAGAAAUUCUCCACAAGAGUUAAAUUUCAUGAGAAAGGCAGGUUUCAUGGGAUCUCAAUUGAGUGCAGGAACGGAAGUGCAACCAAUGGCAACAUGAGUAAUGUCAAUUCUUUUGGUGGGGUUGAGCCUGAAAUGGAGAUAAGAAUUGAUGGGCAUUUGGCCCUUCAUGUCAAGCAUCUUCAAUGGAAAUUCAGGGGUAACGAAUCCAUUCAUGUCAACAAAAAAAGAGUAGAAGUUUAUUGGGAUGUCCACGACUGGCUUUUUAGUCCUGGUUUAAGGCAUGCCUUAUUUAUAUUCAAGCCUAUUGUAUCAUCCACCUCUCUUUCAUCUCUAUCAACAUCUUCCUCCCCACCAUCAUCGUCAUCCCUGACAUCGACACCAUUGUCAUCUCAGACAGGGAGCAGUGGUUCAUUGGAAGGGCUUAAUCCAGGCCGCUCAUCCGAAUUUUCCUUGUUUCUGUAUGCCUGGAAGGUUGAAUGAGAGCAACACAUUAAGAAGCCCCAAAGGUUCCAUCAUCAUCAUCAUCAUCAUCAAUGCCAUAAGAAUAAGGUUGUGAAGCGAAAUGGGGCUUCAAUCUUCAUGUCCUGGGCCAGCAUGGAGUGGUGAGGGUGCAGACUGGGUCGAGAAGGGGACAGAUAAUUGUGCAGAGAAGGAGUGGGGGGCCCCCAGAGAGGGGUUGGGAGUUAGUUACAGCUGGGAUUGAACAAGUGGCCAGAAUUGGACAAGGCAGAUUGUAUCACAUACGUGCCUAAUAAUUCCCACAUCCAGAGGCAUCUGCCAUCUCCAGCUGUUUUAAGAAAUCCUAAUUUCUUUUUCCUUCCUUGAUCUGGUCUAGAUAAGUGAGCAAGCUCCUUUCAAAAUUAUGUAUCAUUUCUAAAUUUUAUAUAUACUACAAGAGAAAAAAGUCGACAGUAGUUUUCAUGGGUAAGUGAAUGUCUGUGUCUAGCAGAACAUUGCAGAUGCUGGAUGGGGCUGUUGACGAUGACUGAGAAAAUCACUAACUGCAAGUCUUUUGUGUGUGCGCACUGCACGUGGAUACAUAGUUCUAUUCAGUUCGCUUACUUUAAUUUUUUAU